AACUUCCCCAUGGAUCCUUCGGAGUUCGACAGCGAUCCGCGGAUCUCCUUCUCGAAGCUUGACGACAAGUUUAUUUUAGAGACGGAUGAUGGGCAUGAAUACAGCUACGACUCAGUAUUGAAGCGGUGGAUUCCGACGGUCGAUCAAGACUUGCUCCAGCAGCAGCAAGAAGCCUACAGAGUGCAAGGAGUGGAUGAGAAUGAGACGGUCAAUUUCAAGAAAAAGCGCAAGCAGCAACCAGGUGCAGAAGAGGGCAAUUCCCAAAAACCGAAAAAGCAGCGCGUCAACACCGCAGUCUACGUCACAUCGAUUCCUCUCGAUGCUGAAUUCGAAGAAAUCCGAGACGUCUUUUCGAGAUGUGGCGUCAUCGCGGAAGAAAUCGACAGCGGCCGUCCUCGUAUCAAGAUGUAUACCAAUGACGAUGGCAAAUUCAAGGGCGAAGUUUUGGUUGUAUAUUUCCGACCAGAAUCGGUAAACCUCGCAAUCCAAAUGCUAGAUGAUUCAGACUUCCGGUUGGGUGUAACAGGUCCGCAUGGACCAAUGCGCGUUCAAAUUGCGGAUUUCUCGUUCAAAAGCCAGCAAGAAGCGCCAGCAAAGACCAGUGCCAGAGACAAAAAGAAGAUCAUCAAGAGAACUCAAAAGCUUAACAGCAAACUUGCGGAUUGGGAUGAUGACGACCCAGCGGCAAUUCCGGACACCAGCUCGAAAUUCGAGAAGGUUGUUAUACUCAAGCACAUGUUUACGCUCAACGAGUUGGAUGAGGACCCUGCCGCCAUCCUCGAUAUCAAGGAAGAUAUUCGGGACGAGUGCUCCAAGCUUGGAGAGGUGACCAACGUUGUUCUCUACGACAAAGAGCCAGAUGGCGUCGUCAGUGUCCGGUUUUCGGAUGCAGAGGCGGCAAGAGGCUGUGUCAGGCUUAUGGAUGGGCGCUUCUUUGCCGGAACCCGUGUUGAAGCAUACAUCUCGGAUGGCAGCGAGCGGUUUCGGAAGACCAAUGAGAAACGGGCAGCCCUUGAGGAUCUGGCAGAAAAGGGACUUGACGCCGAGGAUGAGGAGGAAAACCAACGACUUGACGAGUUUGGUACAUGGCUGGAAAGCUCACAUGCGGUGGAGAAGCAAGAAAAAUGAGCAGGGUUUAAAUCCAAGAGGUGAUGUGAUUUCUUUCUUCUUAACAUGCUGAGUCUCCUUGACGGACUUGUCAUGGCGUUCGAUAGCCAAAAAUCAUAUCUGUGUAUUCCAUUUGCACUGCAGCAA